UUGUCAGUCUGAAACUGACUUUGGCGGAAGCGAGAUGACGUCGACCCUACUGACUACCCUAUCCAGUCUGUAUACCGGACUGUUCAACUUUGUGAAGGCGAAAGUACCCUUUGUAAUCGAGGCAGCCAUGGUUACCCUGUGCUUCGCCUCCAUUGUGGGGCGGUACUGCAUUCUGGCUUAGAAGGAGGGAAUUUGGAAGACGACUCUGUGUGCUUUCGAGGAACUUUAUAAUGUAUAUUU